AUGGAUAACUCGAGUACAGAGAAAUCCUUCGCAAUACGAAGAAAACAACUCAUGGGUGAACCAGCGAUGGUGUUUCUCACAUCGAUGAGGCUUCAAGCCUACAGCCUGGAUUCGAAGACUCAGGCCAAGGAGGAUCACGGAGAUGUUUCAUUCAGCCAGAAGAAGAGAGAGGAAUCUAGAAUCUCGGGGAGAGACCACAAAGAAGACGUUUCACCCCCAAAAGAUUUGAAAGGAACCAUGCGAAAUGAGCCUCGAGGCCACUCCACUCGAUGCCAGGAAGAUGCAGUCGAGGUAGAAGUAGUAUCAUCCGAGGAGGCGAAUAGUAGGACUUCCGAUAGAGGAGAAUUGGAAGAACGAACACCGCCGGAAAGAACUGAAGACCCAAGUAGUGGUAUCUCUGAUAGAAAAUCAUCAGAGAAGCGAAAAAUGGAGAGGAAAUUCCGUGGAAGAGAACAUUCUGUACGAGGGGGCCGAAGGCACAGGGAGAUAUCCAAGAAAACGAAGAGGAGGAAAAUUCAUCAGAUAGUAUCUACAAGCUCGAGCUCUGGAGAGUCCGACUCAGAAUCAUCUGAAAAGAAGACUCCGAAGAGGAAAGAAGUCUCCUUUCCUCAGAAGCCGAAGAAUGAGCAGAAUAAGCCAAAAAUCAGCUCCACUCGUUGUGAUGAAGAGGACGACGAGGCAGAAAUAGUAUCACCAGUCGAAUCUGAAGAUUCGACCAGCAGUUCGGAAGAGGAACAGCUGACGUCGAAGAAGAGAACAGACAGGAGAGAAAAAUCUGCAGGAAGCAACAGCAGGCGCAAGGAGAAACCAAAAAGUCGAGGAAAACGAAAACUCGGCAGGAAGUAUCCUCAAGCUCGAGCUCCGAGGAAUCGGAAUGCGACCUCUCCAGUGUAG